AUGUAUGACUACAGGGUAAACAGGGAUGCGCAAGCUUUUGUGCCACUGGCCUUUGUGGCUAUCAUCUGCUGCCUUGAAUGUAGGAGGCGCUUGGGCGCAUGGGCUGGAGUACGCAUGCCCAAUGGUGGACACCUGGAGUGUGGUGUGGGCAUGCAGGUUCGCGAGCAGCUGAGGACCUUGCAGCAGAGCGCCGUGGAGAGCCCCAGAGAGCCCCAACAUUCGCUGAGAAGACUAAGAGGCCUGCCAGCCGCCUAUCCCCCAAGUCCCCCUGCCUGCCCUGCACCUGGUUACCUCUACAAACGGUGUAGAAAGAUUAAAAGCCUGAAGAACCCACUGAGGGCGCCAAGACCCUCCUUCACCGGCUCUGCCCUGCUGCCUGCCUGUACUAGGAGUGGGUUAGAUCUGCAGGAUGAUUUGAUGCAGACAGCUCUGCAAAUGGACAAAGCUGGAGGCGCCAUGGCAGCACAGGUGACCAGAGUCAGGAUCUUCGAGAAGAGCUGGAGAUGCAUCAGGAGCACAGGAGCCAGGAAGAGAAGAUGCAACAAAAAGCUGAUGCCGAGGCCGGAAAGUCCUGAGUGGAUGUUAAGCAGCCGAUGGAUGUUACAGAAGGCAGAUGCAGUGAUACCGAGACUUCAGUGGUGCGAGCGCCAUGGUGACUACAUUUCGGGGGGUGUCCUAUACUCCCCAAGCACUGGCAAGCAUGGAAACCAAUGGUCUUCUCACCCUUGCCUGAAAAAGCCAUGUCCAUUGUUCUGUCUUCACAUCAUUCUUAAUUGAUCCCACCACCACCCUAUCCAGAAUGAAGAAACUGAUGCAUGUUGUAAAGACCAUUCCAGGUUUUAAAAUU